AUGGCUACCACCCAAACCCCUUUGAAUGCCGCUGGCGGCCACCACUGGCCCAGUUCCGCCGACAAGACUGCUGCCAAUCGUGCCACGGAAUUCGACAACAACAUAGAACUCAAGUCGCCCAAGUUUCUGCCCCCCAAUGUGACGGAAGCUGCAUUUGCCAAGUUUGCCAAGAAGGUGAUCUCAACUAUUGGCGCGGCAAAUUUCACAGUCAUCUCACCUUCGUACGACUUUGACGGCUACGAGGAUGGCGAUUUUGGCCGCAACUGUCGAACGCACGACUACUACCAAUCGUUCGACGACGAGGUCGAGCUGGUGGGCUCCUCAAUCUGUCACCCGCGCCAUGUGCAAGACAUUCAAGCCAUCUUGGCUCUUGCUACCGAGCACAAAAUCCCCUUAUGGCCCAUUAGCACAGGCCGGAACCUUGCCUAUGGAGGAUCCGCACCUAGGGUUCCCGGAUCUCUCGUCAUGGUGUUAAGCACCCACAUGAAUCGGAUUUUGCAUUUGGACACUGUUGCCUGUGUUUGCGUCGUGGAGCCCGGCGUCACGUUCAUGCAGAUGAGCGACUACCUCCGUGACCGCAACCUGCUGGACAAGAUUCGAGUUGAUUCUUCAGGCCUUGGCUGGGGGUCCAUGAUCGGCAAUGCCCUGGAUCGCGGUGGAGGUGCAUCGCUCUACGGCGAUCGAUGGGGCAAGCACAGCGGCAUGGAGGUUGUCAUGCCUGGCGGCGAGGUCGUCAGGAUGGGCAUGGGCGCCGUUCAGGACCCCGAGGGGCGCAGGCAGGCUGCAGAAGGUGUUCACCCCGCCGACCAGAAGUUGAAUGAGUGUUUCGCUUUGUUCCCCUACGGAUGGGGCCCCAUGAACGACGGCUUGUUCUCCCAGGGGACCAGCGGUAUCGUAACCAAGAUGGGCUUCUAUUUAAUGCCCACGCCCCAGGGCAUGACACCCUUCUCUGUGACAUUAGAGAAGGAAUCUGACCUUGCUGCUCUGGUUGAUGCUAUCCAGCCGCUUGACUUAGUAACGAGAAAUGAUCUACCUUGGAAACACUUGGGCAAUGCCGGUUCGUUGCAGAAUACAGUCAGUCUGCGUAACCUUACUCUCGAGGCAGCUCACUACGGCGCGCGAUCCAGUUACACGAACGCGUCUCACGCAGAGGUUAUCCCAGAAGAGGACUUUGAGAAGAUGGCUAGGAAGCUAAACACAGGGCGUUGGCGCUACAUCGGCGCCGUAUACGGCUCCGACCAGGUUCGCAAGGCGGUAAUCGAGGACGUCAAGCGCGAAUUGACCAAGAUCCCCGGCAGCAAGUGGGCCACGCUCGAUGAAUAUCCGGAUGAGCAGAACCUGGUCCGUGUGCGUGCCACGUACCUCCAGGGCAUCUCGUCCAUGGGCGAGUUCGCUUGGAUGAAGCAGUGGCUGCCUAACUGCUCUGUCAUCAUGGUCGCUGCCAUCUCCCGGCUCGAGGGCAAGGCCGUCUGGGAGCAGUACGCCUUGGCCAAAGAACUCUUUGCCAAGGCAGGCAUCGACUACAUCAGUCACUAUGUUGCCUACUUUCGAACUAUGCACAAUGUUUGUCUUAUCCCCUAUGACCGCAAGGAUAAAGACAUGCGUAGUCGUGCCAAGUGGUUGGCUCGCACCCUUAUCAAGGAGUGGAAAUAUCGUGGCUGGAGCAUGUUCAGGACGCACGUGGGACUCAUGGACCAGGUUGCUGAUGCCAACGACUUCAACAACGGCGCUCUGUGGAAGAUGCAUGAAAAAAUUCACAACGCUCUCGAUCCCAAUGGCAUCAUGGCCCCUGGGCGAGGCGGAGUUUGGCCGAGCUCAUACGAUAAGGACGAGUGGAUGAUGGGUAAGGAGUAUAUUGGUUGA